AUGUCUGCCCAAGAUCGUGUUCAGCACUACGUCACGUCGCUCGACAAGGAGCUUUCCAAGUACCCGACCCUCAACAACCUUGAGAAACAGACUUCGGUGCCCAAGGUCUACGCCGUCAUUGGCCUGGCUACACUCUACUUCUUUUUCAUCGUCUUCAACUUGGGCGGUCAGCUCUUGACCAACUUCGCCGGCUUCGUCAUCCCCGGCUACUUCUCCCUGCAGGCUUUGUUCACUGCCAGCAAGACUGAUGACACACAAUGGCUCACAUACUGGGUCGUUUUCGCAUUCCUCACCGUCGUUGAGAGCUUGAUCAGUGUCGUGUACUGGUUCCCCUUCUACUACACUUUCAAGUUUGUCUUCCUCCUGUGGCUCGGACUCCCCACUUUCAGUGGUGCCCAGCUCGUCUUCCGAUCCUUCUUCCAGCCAGCCUUCGGCCGCUACUUCUCCGAGUCCGGCACCACCGCUGCCAACCUCCGCGCCAAGGCCGAUUCUUUUGGCAAGAACCAGUAA